AUGAAUGUUACAAAUGAUCAUGUGUUGACAGACAAAGGUCCAUACCAAAGAUUGAUUGGAAGAUUAUUAUAUUUGACAUUAGCCAGACCUGAUAUUGGGUUUGCAGUACAAACAUUAAGUCAGUUUUUGCAGUGUCCAAAGAAAUCACACAUGGAGGCAGCCCUAAAGGUGGUGAGAUACAUAAAAAGAGAACCUGCAAUGGGAGUUUUGAUGAGCAGCAAGAAAGAAAGGGAGUUAAUAGCCUUCUGUGAUGCAGAUUGGGCAGCAUGCCCAAAUACAAGAAGAUCAGUGACAGGGUUCUUAAUCAAGCAUGGAGAGUCUUUGAUUUCAUGGAAGUCAAAGAAAUAA